GCUCCCUGGCGUCGCUGUCCCACCUCGCUCAUUCCCUCUCCCCACCUCCCUGGUUCUUGCACGGUCUGCUCGGGCGCCCAGGAUCCCUGGGCUCUCCAGACCUUGGGCCGCUGCCAUCUCCGACCUCUCCAGGCGCAUCGUCUCUGCUGGCCGUAGCGGGAUGGGCCUGAGCCCGGCAGCCAGCCGCAAGCAUGGGAUCCGCCACUUGAGGAUCCCAGGCCUGCGCCCCAAGCGCACCUUGAAGGUCGUCAGUACCGGGCCGAGUGACACCCAACCUAAAACUGCACAGUCCACUGUGCCCCAGCCAGAGUCAGCGAAGUCUCAAGCGCUGGCGGUCAAACACUUGCCGAAGCAAUUCAAGAAAGGCCGUUCCCUGUUUGAACAGGCCCGAAGCGUUCUGUGGAGACAGAAACUGGUAACUAAGGUGGAGAUCACAUCCAGCGAGAAGGGAACAGAGCUGAUUCCAACAUCUAAGUCGGAGAUCCAAGAAACACUAAAAAUUCAAGCCGCUGAGGGUGAAUCAGUACCCAGACCUGGAGACCUGAUUGAGAUUUUUCGAGUUGGCUAUGAACACUGGGCCAUCUAUGUGGAAAAUGACUGUGUGGUUCACCUGGCUCCCCCGAGUGAGGAGUUUGAGGUGGGCAGCAUCACCUCUGUCUUCAGCAACCGCGCCAUCGUGAAGUACAGCCGGCUGGAGGAUGUGCUGCAUGGCUGCUCUUGGAAGGUCAACAACAAGCUGGACGAGACGUACCUGCCCCUGCCGGUGGACAAGAUCAUCCAGCGCACAAAAAACAUGGUCAACAGGAUGGUGCAGUACAGCCUGAUUGAGGGGAACUGCGAGCACUUUGUCAAUGACCUCAGAUACGGCGUGCCCAGGAGCCAGCAGGUGGAGCACGCCCUGGUGGAGGGAGCGAAGGCUGCAGGCGCCGUCAUCUCCGCAGUAAUGGAUGGCAUAAGACCCAAGCCCAAGCCUAUAACUGCCUGAAGGUGCUGUGAAUUCCGAAAGGAGGAGGAGUUACGGACAGGUGCAGAGCAAAGAAGCUCCCUUCUUCCUCCUUGCCUGCCCCGUUGAAGAAGAUUAUGAGUUUCUGGAAAAUGGGAAUGUGUCUAGUUACUUCCGCUGUAGCUGAUGUGGACCCGCACACCCUCGGCACGGGGGAGAUGGGAACUGGUAUCUGCUGGGAAUUUUGUAUGUGCCGGGCACCGUUGGGGCCCUUUCAUGUAUUUAUUUAAUCUUAAUCCUUUGCUUGUUUCUUAGGCCAAGUUUAUUUUGUGGUGCCGGGAAACCAUCAGAAACAUUCUGGAAACUUCCUUAGAACAUUUCCAGUAAUGAAGAACUCUUCCCAGGAACUCUUACUCAUGUUCUCAGAUGUCUCUACCUUCUUUCAUUUAUCUGAGUCCUGUUUUUUUCAGACCCACUGCGUCACUGGGGGUAGGGGGUAAAGAGGACACCAAGGAAAGCUGUCACUCACCAAUUAGGGCCAGCUGUACCUUAAUCUGUCUGGAGAGGUGGCUCAGUGGUUAAGUGCACUUGGUGCUCUUGUAGAGGACCCGAGUUUGAUUCCCAGUGCCCAUGUUGGUGGCUCACAACAGCCUGUAACUCUAGUGUCGUCCUCCAGCCUCUGUGGGCACUAGCACUCAUGUGCUAUCCACACACAGACACACAUACAUAUACAUGCUUAAAAAUUUUAAAAUUAAGCAAUUUUACAUUAUACAUUAUUAUCUCUUUAACAACCAUGGCUGCCCUCUUAGCACUACCCUGGACACUCUCUUGUCCUAGAAUGCCCUCUGCAAGCAGACCAGUCUGUAAUCUUCACUCAUAUUCUCAGCACAUAGGCACAAUGAAGCCAUGGUCUAGCCACAAAACAGUUCUAAAGGAGGAGGAACCACCCGGUAAGGUUUGCCACAGCAGUGACCAAACCUCUCAGAACUGAUUUCCAUCCUAGCGUCUGUUCUUAUUGCUUUGAUAAAAUGUUCAGACUAAAGCAGCUCAAAGAAGUUCACAGUUCCAGGGCGAGGAAGCCAUGUGGUGGGAACUUGAGGGAGCUGGGCAUGUUAUGCCUGCAGCCAGAAUAAAAGAGCAGUGAACAGGUGUACACUUGCUGCUCAGGUCCCUUUUCUUUAUCCAGCUCAGGGCGAGCCCAUGAAAUGGUGCUGUCUCAUUCAGGGUGGCUCCCCCCACCUCAGUGAACUCAGGGAACAACAUCCAUCUAUGCUCAGAGGCCCAUUCCUUAGGUGAUUCUAGAUUUUGUCAAGUUGAUAGUUGACCCUGAUUAUCACAUGUAUCAACUUUGCUCUUUGCUGUUUAAAAUUUUUUUUAUUUAAAGCAUAGCCAAUGAGACUACUAAAAAUAACUUAUGCUUUAUAAUUAUCAGAAAAAUUGAAAUUUCCAUUCUGACUGAUUUCAGACAAAUAUUUAAAACCUUUAAGUCAACUGAUCCCCACUGUAUGAAUGAUGGAGUAAUUUUGGUGGAAGAUCUGAAACUGUUUCCCUGGAUUUUACUCUGUGGAGAGCUGAAGUCACUCAAAAAAGCUAGAGAUGGUUUCUCCUAUGGCUCUGCAAAUGCUUGGAAAAUAUGGAGGCUGUGGAAGGCAUGCAUCAGCAAGAUCGGACCCUCAAAGUGUUCUAAAGAUCUUUCUAGGCUGCUUGCUCAGGGGCCUUACUCCUGAUGGGAGGAAACACCCAAUGAUGCACUUUGAUUUUUGUCCUCCAACUCUUUCUCAUCACCCAAAUUUGAUGCCUCAUUUAGCUUCUUGCAAGACCAAGUCUGGUAUAUUUUUUUGUUGGAAUGUCCUGUGCCCUUGCCCAACAGCCUAUGUACUCUGCAUGGCCAUCCUGAAUGCUUGCAGUCAGGCAAGCUCUCAUUUCUGCACAUCACUGCUAGCAGGAAGCCAGCACACCUGGAUCUCUGUCUCCCUGAUCCCUGGAAGAUCAGCUGGGCUUCCAGUAAUUCUUCUUUCAGUCUCUUAACUCAUGGUAUUUUCUGUUUUGAGACUUCCUUCCGGGCAGAACCUGAGCACCAGGCCUCUACAAGCACACUCCCUUUAGCUUUAAAACUGUCAUGUUUUAGUGGACUUGUGCAUGAAGAUUGUAUACCCAGAAUCCACACGGGGAGCCCAGCAGAUUCAUGGUAUUAAGAAGUGUGCAGAAAGACGGGCUGGGGAACUGCUCAGUCAGCAAAGUACUUGCCUUGUGCACAUGAGUUUAACCCCAAGAACUAAUGUAAACAACAACAACAAUCAUGAAUGUGGUGGUGGUGGUGGUGUGUGAAGUCCCAGUGCUGGGAGGAUGGAAACAGGAGGAUCCCUGAAGCUCACUGCCUUCUAGUCUAGACUAAUUAGUAAAGCUCCUGGUCAGUGAGAGACCCUGCUUCAACAAAGGUGGAUGGCUCCUGAGGAUAACACCUGAGAUUGACCUCUGGCCCUCAUACACACAUGCACACAUGUGUACACAACCCUCCCACAGAUGGAACACACACGUGUAUACUCAUGCAUUGAAAAUGAGAAAUGUGUGUUAAAAAACCAUUGUAUUGUUGACCUGUCAAUCAUUAAGUAUGGUUAGAAGUCACACUUGGACUUGUGCUAGGACUUUCUGAGUUUCUCAGAAAACCCAGCAAAAAUAGCUUAAUCAAUAUGAGGAAUUUACUGACUUAAGUGACUGUCAAAUCCUGAAAGACUGUAUCUGGUAUUAGGGCAUUAUGGCAUCAGCUUUAAAAAUAACAUUUCCUGUUAGUGGUUUUUGUGGAUAGGAGGGCCCUAGCUGUGUGGUGAGAACAUGGCCAGAGCAUCUUGAAUUGAGAUCUCUGCCUUCUCAUUUUUCAGGGCAAGAACAGGCUGUGAUGUACCAAGCUGUUAUUUUGUCCAGAUUAGUUCUAUGGUUCCUUAGAGAAACUUUACAGUUAAUAAGACCCAUUAGUAUUUCUCACAGAUUUCCCUUCUUUUGUUAUUCCAUAAGAAAUAUGUGUGCUGGGAUUUAUGGGUUCUAUCAUUCUGUUCUCUUCUAGCAUUAUGGAGUACCUACCAUUGUAGGACAGGCUCCUUGGGAAACAGACAUUGAAACUAAGUUGUGUGGGCAGAAAGUUUACUGGGGGAGAACGCAGGAUUGGCAGAGGGAGAAACUGAAUGGUAAGGCAGUCACAGGAAAGACCUGAGUUGUCUACCAGGAGCUCUGGAGCUGGGUGUUGCCAUGAAGUGGUAAGAGGACCAGUCCCUCCCACCCUCCAUAUUAAAUUUGUUGGUGUAGAAUGCCAAGGAAGAUGAAGUCACUUUCCCGGAAAAGACUUAGUUGAGAACUCUCAAUCAUCUAAACUUAGCCUGAAUUAACACUGAAUUAACCUUUCAGUGGUGUGGGUGUGGGUGUGGGUGUGGGUGUGGGUGUGGGUGUGGGGGUUGGGGUAGGCAGCACACAACACUGUCCACUAUGACUACCAUUCUCUAGGUGUUUUUAGUUUUGGGGGAAUUCAUUUAUUAAAAAUAUUUCGACUUACAGGAAGGACACAGUAUUGCCUGUCUUCCAUUGAUGUUAUCAGUGUCACCCUACAAGCAAAUCUGAAAAUAAUUUCUUCUUUCAAAUGUUUUUUUAAAUUUUUUAUUUUUUAAUAUUAGUUACAGUUUAUUAACUUUGUAUCCCAGCUGUAUCCUGCUCCCUCAUUCCUUCCCAAUCCCACCUUCUCUCCCUCAUCUCCUCCUUGCCCCUUUCCAUGUCCACUGAUAGGGGAGGACCUCCUCCCCUUUCAUCUGACCCUAGUUUAUCAAGUAUCUUCAGGACUGGUUGCAAAGUUGUCCUCUGUGGCCUAGCAAGGCUGCUCCUUCCUUUGGGGUGGGGGGAGGUCAAAGAUCCAGCCACUGAGUUCAUGUCAGAGACAGUCCCUGUUCCCCUUACUAGGGUAUCCACUUGGAUACUGAGCUACCGUGGUCUACAUCUGAGCAGAGGUUCUAGGUUAUAUUCUUGCAUGGUCCUUGGUGGAGAAACAGUCUCAUAAAAGACUCCUGUGCCCAGAUAUAUUUGGUCCUUGUGGAGCUCCUGUCCUCUCCAGGUCAUACUAACUCCUUCUUUCAUAUGAUUCCCUGCACCCUGCCAAAGAGAAUUGCUUUUAAAACCAAGUAACUAGUAUGUGGAAAAGAUAACUUAUGGAAAAAAAAAAACAAAACACAACCAAAUUUCACUUUCAUUCAGGGUCCCAGUCCUGCCUGAUGUAGGGCAGACAAAUUCAGUUAUUUCAGAUUUCAAACAGAUGUCUAAAAGUACCUUUUACUUGCCAGAUGUGAUUGUUGUCUUGGAGGCUUACUGCUAAAUAAGGUCACCAUCUUAGUUCUUUCUGAACUCUGGCUGGCUGGUUCAACUCAGCUGUUUUGGCUCAAACUCUUCUCCAAGCUGACUGAUUCAAUCUGGCUUCUCUUACCUCCUCACUGACUUGCUCUGUUUGGCCUCAAACUAACUCUGGCAAUUUGUUCUAAUCUUCUGAAUCCUUCUUAUUCUCUGGCUCCAACUGUCUCUAUAUGAGCUCACGAAUGAACUCAAUUCUAUUGUACUCAACUGUACCAAAGUAAACUCCACUCAACUGAACUGACUGAACUGAGCUGAACUACCACAAACUGAAUUGCUGGUUCACUGCCUCUCAAACUGACUCCCCACCAACUGACCUCAACUCAACUGAACUGACUGAAUUAUCUGUACUGUGUUACCCUGUAGUGAACUCAACUCUUCUGUACUGUCUUCUCUGUUGAAUUCUCUACUGAACUGACCUCUCUCCCUGCACUGUUCUCUUUAAGUCACCUCUUUUUUUCUAUUAUUGUGAGAGUUGGAUGUAUCCUCUCUUUAACUCAUUCUAUCAAAAUUUUCUCUGAAUCAUCACUUUGUCUGCCCCUCAAUUAGAUGUUACUUUUAAACAUGGAUGCUUUCUUCUACAAAGUAACUUUACCUUCAUUUUUUUUUAGAUUAAAUGCUGUGUGUACUAAGGGCAUAUCUGCAUUUCAGCUGGAUCAUACAGACCUAGAAGGUCUUUGGAUAUAUUCCCUUGUCAGAGCAGCCAUGUUGCUGGAUUAAAAUUCCUCUACAUCUUCCCCCUUUCUGUUUAAGCUAAAACUGUAUACAGUUUAAUUAUUACAACAGAAACAAUUAUCAAUCCCAUAAACUUAACAGUCUGAAUGUCCUUAAACUCAACAGUCUGAAUAUCCUUAUGAAAAUCUGUUGAUGUCAUGAUCCUGAACCCAUAAUUGCAGUCCUGAUCAUCUGUCUUUCAGCAAAUGUCCAUUUCAGUAUCAAGUUUUUCAGUCUGCUCUGGGAUCAGAUCUUUGUAAAUUUUGAUGGAACCUAUAGUCCUUCAUCACUUGUGGAAAUAUAGACAAAGUCUCUUCCACAAUGUAACACAUUUCCUGAUUUCCAUUCUGAUGUAAAAACAUCUUUAAAGUAUGCAGGUUGAUCUAAUUCAGGAGCUUUCCCCCUACAAUCCAAGUUGUCUUUCAGCUAAUCUUAAUCCCUCUUUCUGUUUACCAAGGUACAACUAGAUUUUUAUGAAUGCACACAUAUCAUGAUCUAACAUUUCUUACUCAUUUAAAUACAGAAACAAGCCAUAUUACAUAUGAUUUCAAUAUAUAGUGUCUCCAAUAUCUAGUUUAGUUUUCUCUAGGUGCUCUGUGGAUUGCUGACAGAAAAUGCCUGGCUCAUUUUGUUUAUCUCCUUAGGGAGUUUCCUGUCAGUAAGGAAUUAUCUCAAAUUACUCUUGCUAAUCUGCAUUUAUUAAUCCAAUGCCUACUCUUAUCACACCUUCUACAAAUCCUGGAAGGCUGAGGUCUUCUAGAGAAGUCUUUAUGAAUGCCUUGUCUAUAAUCCUUUUUCAAAUGGCUUCAUCUC